AUGCUGCGGCGACACCCGACACGCGUUGAGGAACGGGCCGACGUCGCGGCUGAGUACGAGUCGUAUUUGCAGGAAAAGGAACGACAAGCGAAAAACAGCAGCAGCAGUGCGCAUCAGCCUCCCGACUCGACGUCUUCUCUGCCGUCGCCUUUUGGCAUAGCGGGCGACUCGAUGGCUGCGCGACAAGAAGCUCGACGCCAGGACGUGCGUUCCCGCAUUGGACUGAACCCGUCUACUUAG